GCCCAAUCGAAGACCUUCCUCCCUCCCGCCACCUCUCCGAAAAAGCAGCAAAAGGGGGAACUCGAAAACCAAAAAAUAACAAAGAAUCCUCUCCCAACAACGCAACGAGACACUCGCCAUGUCAAUCAUCCAGCAACACACCGCCGCGUCCCUCACAGACGCCUGGCGCACCGUCAACAUCGACAUCCUGACCGAGGACUCGAGCGUCAACUUCGACACGUCGACGCUGCACCCGCCGCAGCCCGAGGUUUCCGAGGCCGAUGUGCGCACGCUUUCGACGCAGGUGCGGCAGCUGCUGAGGGGGGGAGACGCUGAGGGGGCGCUGAGGGGAUGCCUGGAGACGCCGGUGUACAACGGGACGGAUGCUGCAAAGGACGCGCAUCUGCAGACCAUCAUCGAGGUGCUGCAGUCCAUCAAGGCGAGCGACAUGACGCCGCUGCUCAAGGGCAUCUACGCGGCCCCUGGCGGAAGCGAGCUCCUCGACGUGCUGAUGAAGUACAUCUACAAGGGAAUGGCCAGCGGUGCUCCUGCAGCCGCCGGGCUCAAGUCUCCCGCCAAGAUGACACCGCAGUCCACCGGCUUCACCCAGAUCGGCUCACGGCCCGGCGCGUCCAACGAGCCCGCAUCGGCCGCCAUGAGCGUCCUGCUGAGUUGGCACGAGAAGCUGGUUGAGGUUGCGGGGCUGGGAUGCAUUGGCCGGACGAUGACGGACUGGCGGAGAGUAUAAUGGCGCUGUUGGGUAUAUAAACGGACAAAGGGUCGAUCCUACUGCGAAAUCAUGUAUAGAGGGGGUGCUGAAGGAGCCCAAGGUGUUUGCUUUACUUUCCAAUGGAAC